AUGGAAAACGUGUUCGACAACAAGAAGGAGCUGUCCGUCGGGAUGCGGGUGUUCAGCUGCAUCUUCGGCGAUGAGAAAGGGGCACACGUCGAGGAGGUGCCCAAUGGGGAAGGCGGGGCAGAUGAUGAAUCCAGCUCCUCCGCCACGGGGUUGUCCGGCUGCGUGGCGGACGAAAACCUAAUCAGGUACCUCUUCAACGAGCAGAAAAAAGUAAAGGUAGGCACGGUGCGCUUCAUCGGCACGCUGAAGAAUCACCCACUUCCGAACAAGACGUUUUACGGGAUCGAAUGGGACAACAAAAGGGAGGGAAAGAACUUUGGGGAUUUCAACAACGACGUUUACUUCGUCCCCUUACAUCUACUCAAAAGGGAGAGAACAAAGAGAUACUACAACGUGGGUGAUCACACAUUGGGUCACCACACCUUGGGCGAUCACAUAUUGGACGACCAAACAUUGGAUAUGCCAAUCAAGCGAAACAAAGACUUUUUGGAAGAACUUCGCACUCGUAAGAGGCACCUGAAACCGUGCUCCUUCAUGCCAAUGGAAAAAAUACACGUAGGGUUAACCUUUUUUCAAGCGCUGCAUUUUCGAUACAUAUAUUUCUUCACCGACUCGGAUCUCUACGUGGAAGAUUAUCAAACGAAGAAAACCAAACGGGUUCAAUUUAGUGGAAUCACAGAAGCAAGAAAAUAUUUCCAGAAUUUUUACCAACUCACAAAUAUAACCCUAAAUAAGUACUUAAUAUACACCUGUGGAGGCGAUGACAAGAUUGUUUUUCGCCACCUUCGUAGUUUGUCUCUCUGUGGGAAUCUCCUCAGCCAGUGGAAGGACAUUUUUCACAUUAUUAGCUUGGCGAAGGAGCUGUCUUACCUGAACGUCUCGGACAAUAAAAUGUUAAAGUUGAGUCUCGAAUCGGUUCAUCGGGAAUUCUUGUGUGGUUGCAUGUGCGCUGGUGGAAGUGCAGAUAAAGAGGGACAAUGUCAGGAAGGUACAGACGAAGCGGGGGGGGAUCCACGCAAAUGUAACCACUGCAUGGAGGAUAAUCUAAUCCGAUUUGAACAGAUUAAAGAACUAUGCAUUGACAACACGAUGAUCGACUGGGAAGACGUCCUAAUUUUGUCGUUCGUUUUUCCCAACAUGGAAACACUUAGCUUGAAAAAGAACUACCUCACAAGCAUCCCAAUAAGGCACGUGGACCUUACCAACUCGCCUAUCCUUCUGCAGUACGUCCAACGUGACAGACGUGAGAGGGGGGUUCAUGCCGAAGCGCACAAUGGGUUUUUACUUCGCCCCGUCGUGCAGGAGGGUGAAGAAGGCGCACCUACCGUGGAAUCGAACGAGGCGGGGAAUACCCCAACCAACGUGAUGACCAGCGCGAGGGAGGAGACCGAGGGGGAGAUACACACGUUUAAGAAGCUACACAAAAUAGUACUCAACGAUAACUACCUGCACGAUUAUGAAGAUCUGUUUUGCUUCAUCUGCCAGGUGAAAUCCAUUCGGUCUGUCUUCCUAAAGAGGAACAAAUUUGCAGACAGGGAUGACCUAGUCACCGUUGCGGAGAAGGUAUGCUCAGUGACGGGAAGGGAAGGCAAUCAGGACAAUCAGGACAAUCAAGACGGUGAAGGGGAAGAUCCCCCCCCUGACCAACUCCACCAGAUAAACGAAAAAUUUAGCCACCUGAAGGAGCUCCUGCUGGAUGAAAACAAAAUCAUGAACUACAAAACUUUGCGAGAUUUGUUCUACAUUUUUUACCACCUGGAGACGCUAAAUUACCAGAAGGGAAAAAACAAUUUAAAGGUGAAGAAGGAUCUCCGGUUCAUAUUCGUGGCCAUCCUCCCCAUGUUGCAAACACUCAAUCGGAGCUACAUAAACAAGAGCGAGCGCAUAAAUUCGGAGCGCUUCUUCAUAUCUCUUUACCAGAAGGAUGACGUGGUCAGGGUGUUUAACGAGCCCGUUCUCGGUUGCCGCCAUAGUGAUCGUCUGGAGUGUCUGCACUACGAGGCUUUGCAGGACCAACCGAGCGCCGAAACCUCCAAAGGCAUGCAGAGUAACCUCAUCAAUAUCACCAUCAUCCCCGAAUUUAUAAAUUCCAAAAAAUACGAAAUCGUAAAAAAAAAGGUCAACAAGCACAUGAACAUAAAGGAUUUGAAGUACCUCUGUUCGCGUCUAUAUUCUGUCCCCCUUCCGAAGAUGCAAUUAUUCUACACGGACGAGAACAACCCUAUGUGCGUUGAAAUUGUGGACAGCAACUCCAGUCUCUACACCUACGGAAUUGACAACAACUCGAAGAUAAAAAUUACGAUGGAGCAGUAG